AUGCGCCCAUAUGACAUUGAUACUUGGAUGAACACUUUCUUGAUUGGCCAAUACCAUGAUCAAAUUACUUUGCUUGUUCCUAAGACGCUGAUCGUUUUAACUCGGUCGUCAGAGCCUGGAAUCCGUGCAAGGGAUUCGUGGUUGCUAUUGGCUAUUUGGCGUUGUAGGGAAUUAAUCACACGUCUGGCACUGUAG